AUGGCGUCGAAUAUCCUCCAACUCCCGUUCCGGCGCUCCCAUAGCGUCUCACUUUCCGAAGCAAUCACCCAGUAUAUCUCGUCUAAAUAUGACCAGCGCCCGGAUAUGUUCGCUGAGGAUCUGAUGAUCAUUGAUCGUCUACGAUCCGAGGCUGUGAAUGUUCAAGAACCUCAUUUUAGCGGUAUCAGUCGCCUUGUCACAUAUGCGGCUCAGUUGAAAUGGCUGGGUGGAAAGUUCCCAAUUGAUGUCGGAGUGGAUUUUUCGUGGUAUCCAGCUUUUGGCUUUAAUGCUUCGCGACCAGUUUCACAAAAUAACCUGCGCUUCGAACUGGCGAAUGUCAUAUUCAAUCUCGCCGCAUUAUACUCCCAGCUUGCAUAUGCGACCAACCGGACUACUGCAGAUGGACUCAAGCAGGCGUGCAACUACCUCUGCUCCGCCGCUGGAGUGUUGAGUCAUCUUCGAACAGAUAUCAUCCCAGACCUUCGAACCUCGCCGCCGGAGGAUAUGGACGAAAUGACACUGCAUAGUUUGGAACUUCUUUUGCUCGCACAGGGCCAAGAGUGCUUCUGGCAAAAAGCUGUGAAAGAUGGACUGAAAGACGUAUCUAUUGCAAAACUGGCCGCCAAGGUGUCUGACUUCUACGGCGAUGCAGGCGACUUGGCUGUCAAGUCUAAUGCGAUCAGCACGGACUGGAUCCAUCACAUGAGUGCAAAGCAUCACCACUUUGCUGCUGCUGCUCAGUUUCGACAAGCGCUUGACUGCUUGGAGAAGCGCAAGUAUGGAGAAGAGGUUGCUCGGCUGCGUGACUGUUUGAUAUGUGUCGGCGAAGGAUUGAAAGAGCAACGAUGGAUCAAUCGGACUGUCCUAGGUGACUUGAAUGGAUUGAAGGCUCGUGUCGCGGAAGACCUGAAACGUGCUGAGAAGGAUAAUGAUAUGAUCUAUCUGAACCCUGUGCCGCCUAAGUCUGAGCUCAGGACUAUUGAGCGCGCAAAUAUGGUUCUUGCCAAAGCACCCUCGCAGGUGACGGAUGCGAUCUCUAUGCUCGGCGAUAAUGGGCCCUUGGGCCAACCGCUGUUCUCGAAGCUGGUUCCAUACGCAGUUCACAUUGCCGCCAGUAUUUAUACUGAUCGUCGAGACCGACUGGUCAAUGAUACUCUCAUUGGAGAGCUAGAGUCAAUGACUGACAAGUUGCGCGACUUGCUUUCAUCGCUCAAUCUACCAGGGUCAUUACAAGCGCUCGAGAAACCAUUAGGUCUCCCGCCAACGCUUGUGUCGCAUGCCGAGGAAAUGCGCCAACAAGAUGGCCUGAAUCGUUUGCACCGGUCUAUUGAGGACACCGCUAGAGUCAAAGGCAAUGAUUUAGCUGUGUAUAAUGAAGGCGUUGAGCUUCUAGCGGCAGAGAAGGCCGAAGACCUGGCAGCUCGUCAUAAAUAUGGAACCGAUCGCUGGACCCGCCCAACCUCAGAAUCCGCCGCGCCUAAGCUCUACAAGAGUUUGACCGAAAUUGAGGGCUAUUUCACCUCUGCCCAGGGCAGUGAUGACCUCGUUCAGCGCAAGCUGCGAGAUUCACACUCUGUCUUCGUCGUUCUCACUGGCACGAAUCGGGACUUGGAAUCAUUUGUGCCAAGUAGCCGGAGGGUUGUGAUUCCGCCAGAGGUUGAGCGCGAGUCUAACCGGUUGCGCGGCUGUUUAAGCGAGGUCACUCGAAUGGAAAAUCGGCGGAGGCGGCGAAUUCAAGCGCUGAAGGAGAAAGCUCGCGCGGAUGAUAUUCAUCCGGCACUUUUGACGCAGACAGCUCGAUUGGAGCGGGAAUUCCCCAUGCAGACCAUCCAGGCGAGCCAGUUCGAGGAUUUGUUCGAGGAGCAGCUGAAGCUGUAUGAUUCGGACCGUGAGAUGCUGGCCCAGGAGCGAAGAGAGCAAGAUCAUCUUUCGGAUCAGGUCCGAGAAGCUAACAGGGCAUUUACUGGGUCUCAUAAGGGUGAUGCGUCGACAAAGGAAAGAGAAGCCGCACUGCAAGAUCUGGAAAAUGGAUACCUGAAGUAUAAGGAGAUCAUUUCCAACCUCGACGUCGGGCGAAAGUUUUACAAUGACCUUGCAAAGAUUGUAGGCCGAUUCCGUGAUGACGGAAAGGCCUUUGUCCACCAGCGUCGGAUGGAGGCAAGCCAGCUGGAAGCAGAUAUCUCCAAUGCUACAGCGAUGGCCUCACUGCAUAUUUCUCAGCCACACCUGCGUCAACAGCCGCAGGAAUCAGCUCGAACCCAUCACUCCCCCUUCGCCUACUCAACUGCGCAGCCGGCCCAGGCGCCGUCACAGUCGUCCCCACCCCUACGACCGGCUGAGACAGAACCCCCUCUCACGGCACCCCAACCUGUGCGCGCACCCGUAGCCCCGCCCCCAGUUUCUACGCCCAGCAUGCCCGGGGGUAUGCCGGGUAUGUGGGCCCCCGAAAUGGGGAUUCGAUUCGGAUCUGCCGGUGCUCCUCCGAAUGCUACUCCUAGCACAGGAGCUGGACCGGCCCCGAGGCAGCCCACUCGUGCUCCUCAGCCGGGGACCUGGGAUCCCAGCCAGGGACUGCGCUUCUCUUGA